AUGCCAACUCCAAUCCCCCAUUUUCUCCUCCCCCGAGGCCUUCCAACAGCCCGGACCCUCCGCACCCUCCAACACCGGAGCCCGAACUCGAGCUUCUCCACAACCAGCGCGGUUUCCCGAAUGAACAAAAGCAAGCCUGAGAUAAGAAAGAACCGUAUUCUUGAAAAGCCAGACAAGUUCCGGCCUCCGUCCCACCCGCAGCGCAUUGUGAGCCCGGCUCGCACGCCUUCCGGACAACCGGUCAACUAUGGACCGCGGUUGACGGCCAAGGAGCGCGAGGAACAGAAUAAGAAGCAGUAUCCGAGUAUGUUCCCACCGGAGGGGACUGUGAUGUUUAAUUUCUUGACUAGUCGGUGGAUUCAUGUUUGGAUUGCGAUGGGCAUAUUGACCACCCUCGCUACAUUCACUUUCACCACAAACUUCAAAGCAAGCUCGCCCUUCGCACACCUUCUCCCCCCUUGGUCUGGCCUCUUCACCAGCCCCUUCGAAACGAUUUCUCAGGCUUUGAGCGUCUACCGGAUGCAUGUGCAACAUGAGUCCAUGCGCGUGCGCGAGAAGCGCCAUGCCCGAAUUGAAGAUGCUGAGAAGCGGAGACAGUAUCGGGUUGCGCAUGGGCUUGAGGAGCCGGCUGAGGAGAAGGAGGCUGUUGAUGAUCAGAGUCCUAUUGCCGUUGAUGAGCAGAGCCCUGUUGCUGUUGCUAAUCAGGGUGAGGAGUAUGUUGAUUUCGAUGGAAAGAGGAAGCCUGUUAAGAAGUGGCUUGGGAUUUGGUAG